GUCAACGGUUGAGAGAGCUGUCGAAGAGAAACAUGGCAGCAGAGCAAAUGUGGAUAUAAUGUAUGGGAAAAUAUAAGCAUAAGUUUCUGUCAUGUUUUAUGUAAUUGGGUUAGGGCUCGGAGGUGCUGAAGAUAUCACAGUCAGAGGAUUUGAAAUUGUGAAGAAGGCUGAAAGAGUUUACUUGGAGGCUUAUACAUCAAUUUUAACAGUUGGUAAAGAAGAGCUGGAACAAUUCUAUGGGCGUAGCCUGAUCGUUGCAGACCGUGAUCUUGUUGAACAAGGAGCAGAUGAAAUUCUUCAAGAUGCUACUUCAAAAGACAUUGCAUUUCUGGUCGUAGGGGAUCCAUUUGGUGCAACUACACAUACAGAUCUGGUUCUUCGUGCUAGAGAAGCAGGUGUCUCAUACAAGAUUAUUCACAAUGCAUCGAUAAUGAAUGCUGUUGGAUGUUGUGGGCUUCAGCUUUAUAAUUUUGGGGAGACAGUCUCUAUCCCAUACUGGACCGAGUCAUGGCAGCCUGACAGUUUCUAUGACAAAAUUUUCGGCAACAGAAGGCGUGGUUUGCAUACUCUAUGUCUUCUAGAUAUCCGUGUUAAGGAGCCGACACUGGAAAGUCUAACAAAAAAGGAAAAGGAAUAUCAGCCUCCCCAUUUCAUGUCUGUCAGUGAAGCAGCUGGACAGUUGUUAGAAAUCAUCAGGAGAAAGGAUGGAGAGUACAAGGAGUUAGCUUACACAAAUUCCACCCUAUGUGUGGGGUUGGCCCGUGUUGGUUCUGACACACAGCAGAUACUGGCCUGCACACUGCAAGAAAUGAAGGACAUUCAUCUGGGUCCACCACUCCACUCCCUGGUAAUAACAGGACACCUGCAUCCUCUUGAAGUGGAGUACCUGACACAGUUUUCAGACAGCAAAGAGAAGCUGCUGCUCGUAGCCCAGACAUAAUGAACAUUUGAAUAUUUCACUGCAAUUAACAGUAAUUGCUGUGCAUUAAUGACUGAGAAUUUUUCAUGUAUUAUUGCAUUAAGUCUGUAUACAAUGAAGGCUAAUACAUCUUCCUUCAUCAUGAGAUAUGUCUUUCUCUUAAGAGUCAGUUAAUAAAGUUUUGUUUUUUCCGAUA